UCUUUGUUACCAAGGGUGAUGGACAGACAGUGGGACCAAUGGGGGGAGGGUUCUCUCCAGAGUUAGUGAAUGGGCGCGCACUCGGGCUCGCUCCCUGCUCAGAGUGGAGAGGCUGCGAGAAACUGACGCUGAACAAUGAGCUUCCUCCAAACCGAGCGAGGGACAGGCAGACCAGGCUGGGAGCAGCUGAAAUGAUUCCUGCAGGAUAACUUGGAACUGCUGGCAACUUAUCCCCUCUGAGGACAGAGGGGGAGGGUUAAACAAAACGGAGGAGGAGGGGGUGGGGGGGAAAAUAACAACUUUAGGCUUGGGAAAAGUAUUUUGUGGACAAGUUUAGUUUUUUUUCCCCCCAAAGUUUGUGUUUAAAAAGUUUGUGAGAAGCGGACCAGACGGACACUGCGGGAGGUCAGUUCUUGGGAACUCUUUCCCCCACCUCCUCCCCCUCCCCAGAAAAAACAAAAAGAGGGGAAAUUAAGGAAGGGGGAAUUUCACUUUCUUCUUGAAUUGCCCCGGAUGAAAUGGGAAACACUGGAAGUUUGGAUGGACAGAUGAACCUAAGUGCUCAAAUCAUGCCACUGAAGUUACCAAUGCCUGAACAAUGCGAGCUGGAGGAAAGGUUUGCGAUCGUUUUGAACUCUAUGAACCUUCCACCAGAUAAAGCACGGUUACUACGACAGUAUGACAAUGAGAAAAAAUGGGAUCUCAUCUGUGACCAGGAGCGCUUUCAGGUGAAGAAUCCUCCACAUACCUACAUCCAGAAACUGAAGAGCUACUUGGACCCAGGAGUCACCAGGAAGAAAUUCAGGCGCCGAGUGCAAGAAUCAACUAAAGUAUUGCGGGAGCUCGAGAUCUCCCUCCGAACCAAUUACAUUGGGUGGGUACGAGAAUUUUUAAAUGAUGAAAACCAGGGUCUCAAUGUGCUGGUGGACUAUCUCUCCUUUGCACAGUGUGGAGUCAUGUUUGACUUUGAUCUUGUGGAGAAUGGUGAUGAUGGUGGACUCGACAAGCCGAAACCCUGGGGCAGGUCUAUAGAAGAUCUGCACCAGAGCAAUGUCCUGCCCCUGGCUUUCAGCAACAGCCUCUCUCGCUCUGCCAGGCAAUCUAUCCUACGCUACAACACUUUACCCGACAGGAAACUCCUGAAGAAUUCCCGACUCGUGAGCCAGAAGGACGAUGUCCACGUCUGCAUUAUGUGUUUACGGGCUGUCAUGAACUACCAGUAUGGCUUCAACUUAGUCAUGUCGCAUCCACAUGCUGUAAAUGAAAUCGCACUGAGCUUGAACAACAAGAAUCCCAGAACCAAAGCCCUGGUAUUGGAGCUAUUAGCAGCUGUGUGUCUUGUGAGGGGAGGACAUGAAAUCAUCCUUUCUGCCUUCGACCACUUCAAAGAGGUGUGCAAAGAAACACAUCGCUUUGAAAACCUGAUGGAGUAUUUUCGAAAUGAAGACAGCAACAUUGAUUUCAUGGUGGCGUGUAUGCAGUUCAUCAACAUCGUGGUCCAUUCUGUGGAGGACAUGAAUUUCCGGGUCCACUUGCAGUUCGAGUUCACCAAACUGGGCCUUGACGAGUUCCUGGAGAAAUCCAAGCACACGGAAAGUGACAAACUCCAGGUUCAGAUCCAGGCCUACCUGGACAACGUCUUCGAUGUGGGAGGCCUACUCGAGGAUGCCGAGACCAAGAAUGCAGCCUUGGAGAAAGUGGACGAACUGGAAGAGCACUUGUCGCAUUUAUCGGAGAGGCUUCAGGACCUGGAGAAUGAAAAUAUGAUGAGGGUAGCCGAACUGGAAAAGCAGCUACUACACCGGGAUAAUGAACUGGAAACGAUAAAGGAAACGUACAAGGAUGCCAGUAGCCAGGUGCACACAUUGCGGAAGAUGAUCAAGGAGAAAGAGGAGGCUUUGCAGCGGCAGUUUCACCUGGAAAAGCAGCUGACGGAUCUGCAAAGUGGCUCCAUCGGCGAUUGUCCUGAUGGAGAUCUUUCCAUGUUGUCUCGAUCUGCCAUGGGUCUGGAACCAAUCCAAAGCCCUCCUUCAACACCAAUGCCACCAACCCCUCCCCCACCACCCCUUGCUCCACCGUUACCAGGUCAAGCCCCCCCGCCACCACCACCACCGCCACCACCUGCAGCUCCCCCAUUGCCUGGUAGUUCCCUCUCGGUUAUCCUCAGUCAUGGAUUGUCAGCCAUCCGGAUAAAGAAACCAAUUAAAACAAAAUUCCGUUUACCGGUAUUUAACUGGAUGGCCCUGAAACCCAACCAGAUCAAUGGGACAGUCUUCACUGAAAUCGAUGAUGAAAAAAUAUUAGAGGAGCUUGACAUGGAUGAAUUUGAAGACCUCUUCAAGACGAAAGCCCAGGGACCCUCCAUUGAAAUCUCCUGUCAGAAAAGCAAAAGUGCGCAGAAAGCACUGAGUAAAGUGACGCUGCUCGAAGCCAACCGAGCAAAGAAUCUCGCCAUUACGCUGCGCAAGGCUGGCAAGACAACUGAAGAGAUUUGCAGGGCCAUUCAAAUGUAUGACUUGAAGACCCUGCCCCUCGACUUUGUGGAGUGCCUGAAUCGCUUCCUGCCUUUGGAGAAUGAGGUGAAGCUUCUGAGGCAGUACGAGAAGGAGCGGAAGCCACUCGAUGAACUGUCCAACGAGGACCGCUUCAUGCUGCAGUUUAGCAAAAUCGAGCGCCUGCCUCAGCGCAUGACCAUCAUGACCUUUGUUGGGAAUUUCUCCGAGAAUAUUCAGAUGUUGAAUCCGCAACUGAAUGCAAUAAUAGCAGCCUCUGCAUCUAUUAAGACCUCCCAGAAGUUGAAGAGAAUGCUGGAGAUUAUUCUGGCACUUGGUAACUACAUGAAUAGCAGUAAAAGAGGAGCUGUGUAUGGCUUCAAACUUCAGAGUUUGGACCUGCUCUUGGAUACCAAAUCCACCGAUCGGAAGCUGACCUUGUUGCACUACAUUGCGCUCGUUGUCAAACAGAAGUACUCUAAUAUUGCCACGUUCUGGAGUGAGCUACACUUCAUCGAGAAAGCUGCAGCAGUGUCAUUAGAAAAUGUCCUCUUGGACGUCAAGGAGAUGGGACACAACAUGGAGCUGGUUAAACGAGAGAGCAGUAUGCAUGAACACAAUGUGGUGCUGAAGGAUUUCCUGUCACAAAACGAAGGGAAACUGGAAAAACUUCAGAAAGAUUCCAGAACUGCACAGGAAGCAUACAAUAAAGUGGUUGAGUAUUUUGGAGAAAAUCCCAAGACAACGCCUCCAUCAGUGUUCUUCCCAGUCUUCGUCCGGUUUGUCAAAUCCUACAGGGAAGCAGAGCAAGAGAAUGAGCUGCGAAACAAGCAGGAACAAGCUUUGAGAGAGAAGAUGCUGGCGCAGGAGGCCAAGCUUCAACAGGACCAAAAGUCUCCCUGUCACCGGAACAAGCGGCAACAGCAGGAGCUCAUCGCCGAGUUGCGGAGACGGCAGGUCAAAGAUCACCGACCGGUGUAUGAAGGGAAAGAUGGGACCAUUGAAGACAUUAUCACAGUGUUGAAGAGUGUGCCCUUCACAGCCCGAACUGCUAAACGUGGGUCCUGGUUCUUCUGUGAAACAUCAUUGUAUGAAGAGUCCAAUUGUUAAUGUUUGUGCCCUCUACAAUCUACAGCUGUGACAGAUCUUAGAAGUCAACCGUACCGACGCGCAGAUGCGGUGAUGCGACAUGGGUGGAAACACCUCUGAAGAAAAGAGUUGGGGGGAGGGGAGGGUAAUUGUGACCAAAACGACAGUGUUAUUGAAACUGUUCCAUUGAGGAGCAUCUCGGGAUGAACUUUUUUUUUUCUUUGGCUCCCAAUGACUCCCUGAAAUGGCAAAUUUCCUGCACAUGUAUCUUCUUAAUCCACUACAGGCGGGUGUGCACGAAAUGGCAUUGUGUGGAGAGAAAACACGAGAGAGAACACACUCCCCUUUAUUUUGUCCUUGAGGGGAAAGUACGUUUUUUUUUAAAACCAAUCCGCGUAACCUGCUCACCACUUUACCAGUGAAAUUAUCCAACUAUGCGUUUGAGAUGCCAGCCCUUCAUCAAAGCUUAAAACUAUGAAGGUUAGGAGGAAGCACACCUCUUCAAGUCUUCUCUGUCCUACUGAGAAAAGUGUUGGCUGGUCUCAUCAAGCUUGGACGGCCCGUGAAAUUUGAAUGCCUUGUUGCGGCAGUAUUACAUGGACACAUUAACCAUGGAGUUCUUUCUGUUCUUAUAGACUUAAUUAAUUUAAGGUAUUUUUCCAUUAUUACUCCUAUAUUUUGUACAGUGAAUUUGACCUGUGGUGAUUCCAAGGAAACUUUGGAAUCCAUUAUUGCCAAAGUAAAAUGGCCACUGACUUCAUCAUCAGAGCGUUAUCUUUUCCUUACAUUGAAUUCAAACCCAUUUAGAAUUCUUUCUGAGCAUUUCCAGGUGUUUAGGCCUCUGAGUAAUGCUGUCUUGAUUUACUUGGAAAUCAGAACAAAAAUACCAUCCAGUUAGACUUGCAGCUUUUUCAGUAUUUUUCUCUCCCAGAUUAUUCAAGAAUAAACAGGUGUAGGGACAAACUUUCCUUCCCUUAAGUCAAAUUUCUUCACAUUUUUUUUGAUUGUGUGUAGGGUCUGAUUUUAGAAUAGCGUCACUAACCUUCUGCAGGGUGGCUUCAAGCUGAUCUAAUGCAAAAACAUGGUCCGAUGAAUCCAAUCUUGACUUAAUCCAAGUCCAGGAAAUUGAGGAGACAUCCAAUUAGAAAUCGGUAUUCUGUUCCAGUUCAGGCAUUAUUGACGCAUAUUCCAUGUUUUUGGUCUUCCUCUGCACAGUAUCUCCCGUUGGAAGUAGCAGAACUGAAUGCAGGCUAGAGAAUUGCCUAUCCUAUUAGCACAGCCCAUCAAACUCCCAUGCAAUGUUAAGGUUUGCAGUUAAGUCCUCUGAUCUGUCACUAGUUUUAUUUCACGUAUGCAGUACACUAUAGGAACAUUUGCACUUAAGCCCAAUAUUCUUAAACAGCUCUUGGAUCAAACCAUUAAUUCACCACCUCAAACUACUCCUUCACUCCGACCGCUGGUGACAGCGCCAGCAAGGAACCAUGCUGAGUUUGCUGACCUGAGCUGGGCUGACUUCUGACCUCCAUCCAGUCAACUAGGCAGUAAGGAGCUCUCUCUCGCUUGGUUGUCGAGUGGGCUCUCGCUGCUUCGGCUCACUGGGUUGGGCUACCAGAGAAUGGCUGGUGUCUGUGGAACCUUUACCUCAGUAUGAGUUGGUGGUAAGGGGGCUGGGUGGGGAACAAAGGCUCAAGUGGAAGAACAAAAACUCUCUGACUGGGUGCAGUUGUUGAAACCAAACUCUGUUCAUUGGGGCUAUCCCUACCAGUUGGUGUCAAUGGUUAUAGUUGAAGUUCCAAUACCAGUGACUUUAAGGAAAACUCCUGGAAGCUAUCAAUGGCCUAUUUUGGGGAAUAGGAUACUUCCCAUCUCAAAGAGGGUUACAGUCUUGAAUUGAAGGCCAAGAUUCAAAGGUUUACAUGUAACUAUGAAGCAUUUAAGAUACAAUUUACUGCUCAGGUGUCUGAGGUCAUUUUGCAGAAGAGGAGAGAAAAUGCAGCGAUUGUGUUUUUUAAAAAAAUCAGCCUUGCACCCUAAUCCAAUUUGUGGUUUCAAUGCUUAGUUCUUAGUUUUUCUUAGGUUUUCUUUUCCAUUCUUAAUCAGCUGCAUCACAAAGGAGGCCAUUCAGCCUAUCCCUUCUUUCCCAGUGCUACCUUCUUAACUGGAUCCAUCUACACUGAUCCCAUUUCUCUCCUCUUUCCACAUAUCCUUUAAUCUUUUUAAUCUGUCCCAAAUCUUACCUAAUUCCUCUUCAGAUGCUACAGUUUCUGCUUCAACAGUCACUUCUGGUAAAACAUUACAUCUUCUAAUAACUUGUGGAUAAAUUUUGACUUCAUUUUUCCCAUGAUAGCCCAUAGUCUAUGGUUCUUAUUUUUACUGAUCCAGCAUCAGUAGAAACAGUCUUUCACUUUUUAUCCUGUCAGAACCUUUCAUGAAUUUGGAAGCCUCUGUCAGAUCCUCUCCUUAACAUUCUCUGUUCCAAUGUUUAAAAAAGCCCCACGUUAUCAAGCUCUUGCAUCUGAUUCCUUUUUUAUUUAUUCAUUCAUGGGAUGUGGGUGUUGUGGGCAAGUCCAGCAUUUAUUGCCCAUCCCUAAUUGCCCUUGGGAAGGUGGUGGUAAGCUGCCUUCUUGAACAAUCUGGCGUAGGUACACCCACAGUGCUGUUAGGGAGGGAGUUCAGGGUUUUGAAGGAACUGAACGGUGAUAUAUUUCCAAGUCGGGAUGGUGUGUGACUUUAAGGGGAGACUUCCAGGUGGUGAUGUUCCAUCUAGGUGGCAAAGGUCACUGGUCUGGAAGGUGCUGUCCUGCUAUCAUUCUAAUGAUUCUUCACUGUUCCCUUCCCAAAGGCUCCAAUAUCUUUCCUAUAACGAGGUGCCCAGAACUGCACAAUAGUCUAACUGAGGCCUAUGCUGUACCUUUUACAAACUCAACUUCAUUCAUUGUUUCAUUACCUUUGUUUAAAACGCCUCCAAGUAACUGUGACUGCUACAAGUUAACAAUACACAGCAGCCCUGCAGAAACCCACAUCAGAUAACUGUUCCCCUGCUGUAUGUGCUACUACUGAAGAUGUUAGUAUGACGUUGCAUUUUAUUUGAUGUGAUGUCCUCUAUAAUGCUCUUUCCCUGAGUACUGUUUGGGUUUAACAUCUCUUCUGUGUGAGCAAUAAUACAAUAUGGACAGAGCUGCAGGUUCAGUCCAGGCCCCUGAAAUGUACUUUACUAAAAUGGGCAUCUGGAUUUGUGCUAGUGAAAGGUUGCAGCUUUAUCUAAAUAAUACAUAUUUGAGUCUGACCAUAUCAAGGCCUGAUACUUGUUUGGGCACUUUAAAAGUGAACAGACUUUUGGCUUUCUCCCUUGGCAAUGUUCAGCCUCCCUCUCUGUGUCUCUUUCUCUCAUGUCUGUGUAUAUGACUCACUCUCACACUCCCACUCUCGGGCUCGGGCUCCCCCUCGCUCUCUCUCGGAUUCUUUAGGCUGAAUUUUCGCAAAGGACCUUUGAAAAUGGUGGCAGGACCUAGAAGCAGAUGUCCCGCACCUAUUUCUGAACUUUUUGCUGUUAGGGGAAAGCGGGCGGGGUGGGAUUCUCACAGACAGGAAGCCUGAACUCAGGGUCAUUUUAAUUCGAUGGUGAGUUCAAACAUAACCCAUUUUGGCUGGUCUCAAGGGCCUUAACCCACAAGGUGGGUGUCACGAAUUGACAUAGUAGAUGUAAAUGCUCUUGAAGGAUGCAUAAUGUCUGUAUAACUCUCAUGAGCUUAAGUUUGUUUUAAAUACCCUGCUCUUUUUUAAAAAAAAAGCUGCAGCCCAAUGAGAAUUUUUUAAAAAAAACCUCUGCUAGACUGCGUUGUUUGACAGGUGUAGGUUAGAGAAAAAGCAUAGCGUCUGGUUGUGCAGUUUCAAUAGAACUCUUUGUUGACAUUUCCCUAAGGGCUGUUGUUAUGUCAUUGUGAAUGCUUGGCUGAAUUUCAAAAUCUGAUGCCUCAACAGAGUGUUCCGAGUUCACGGUUUGGCCGCUUAAAAAGGCUACUAAAGGAUUAUCUGCCCUUGAUGUGGAUACGGAAUAGAAGCUCCUUUUUUAUGAGAGAUAUACUACUUGAGAUUUAAAAGCUUUGUAUUAAUUUUAUGAAUGGGAGAUUUUUACACUAUCAAAUGUAUAGGAGUGAGAGCAGUAUUACAUUGUUAAAAUUUUCUUCUUUUUCAUUUCUACAUCCUCCUGAGGUCCGCCCAUGGUGGAUGCUGGGUGACUGGCUAUGGAGGUGGCAUGGUCAUGAGGGA